AUGUCUAUUCUUCAGACUGCCCUUGAAUAUGGCGCCCCAUUCUUUCUCAUAUCAUCGCCCCUCACGUCCUAUGCCGACCAGAUCGUUAGCAUCCACCGCUCUAGGAGCUCCGCCGGUUUCUCGCUGGAUAUCCCAUUGAUCAUGCUUCUGGCGUCAAUUCUGAAGGUAUUCUUCUGGUUCGGAGAGUAUUACUCGAAAGCUCUUCUCGCACAGGCUGUAGUGAUGAUCGCGACUCAACUGGCGUUAUUAAAAGUCGCCUUAGACAACCGGCCUUCGAGCGGCUUAAGGAACGGGAUUGAGCACACGCCCUUCAGCGGCGUGACUUCUGGGAGCUCCACGCGGCCAUACGAGUUCUGGCAGUGGACGAACACCAAGCCUUACUGGAUGUUCUUGACCUACUUUGUUGCGGCCCUAACGGUGUUACACCUUACCCCGAUCUCCGAAUCCGAGGGCUAUAUCAACUUGCUCGGCUCCACUGGCCUCGCCAUCGAGGCUACUCUGCCCAUUCCCCAGAUCUUGGUCAACCACCGCUCCGGCUCUUGCAAGGGUUUGCGUCUGUCUGUCCUCGCCGCAUGGUUGAUCGGCGACACCAUGAAAAUGAGUUACUUCUUCUGCAGCGAGGAGGCCAUUCCAUGGGCGUUCAAGAUCUGCGGUAUCUUCCAAUGCGUGUGUGACUUCUACCUGGGAUUCCAGUACUUGAUGUUUACCCGCAAUGCCAAGAAAGCUGCUGGCAGCUCUCAUGAUCACGAAUUGGAAGAGGACGGUGGGACGCCGGUGAAAAGGACAUUCGCAUGA